AUAAUAAUAGCAACAACAACGUCAACAAAGAGCAAAAAACCUCAAGUCCUCCCUUUUCCCAACUCUAUAAAUAGCUGACCUAGCUCCUAUGGUCAGUUUAUCAGUUCCUCAAACUUCACUCUCAAGUAAAGAUUGAGAGAGAAAUGGAGCCUCACAACCCUACUACUAAGUCAAUAUGCCCUUGCCUUUUCUUUGGCAUCUUCUUAAUCUUUACAUUCCUAGUUUCAUUCACAAAUGCAGAGAUUCAUUAUCAUGAAUUUGUUAUUGAAGCAGUGCCAGUAAAGAGGCUGUGCAGAACCCAUAGCACCGUCACAGUUAACGGGCAAUUUCCUGGACCAACAUUGCAAGUCCGAGAUGGUGACACACUCAUAAUCAAGGCUAUAAACAGAGCUAGCUACAAUGUCACCCUCCACUGGCAUGGAGUACGACAGCUGCGGAAUCCAUGGGCAGAUGGUCCCGAGUAUGUGACCCAGUGUCCAAUUCAACCAGGAAUGAGCUACACAUACCAGUUUACUAUCCAAAACCAAGAGGGGACAUUGUGGUGGCAUGCUCACAGCAGGUGGCUUAGAGCUACUGUAUAUGGGGCUCUAAUCAUCUACCCUAAAUUGGGUUCUCCAUAUCCAUUCCCAACACCCAAGAGAGAAAUUCCCAUUCUUCUUGGUGAAUGGUGGGACAGAAACCCCAUGGACGUCCUGAAGCUGGCAACCUUCACGGGAGCACCACCAAAUAUCUCGGACGCAUACACCAUUAAUGGUCAACCUGGCGACCUUUACAGAUGCUCCAAGAAAGGUGUGCAAUUGUGCAAUCAUUCCAGGGCAUGGUAUGAGUUUUAUCAAAUACUAGCAUACAUAACACCAGAUACUUGUUUGAAUUUAAAUGCAGAAACUGUAAUAUUCCCAGUGGAUUCCGGUGAAACAAUUCUCCUAAGAAUAAUCAACUCUGCAAUGAAUCAAGAACUCUUCUUUGCGGUGGCCAACCACAAGCUCACCGUAGUUGGAGUUGAUGCUUCCUACACCAAGCGCUUCACUACUAAUGUCAUCAUGAUAGCUCCUGGUCAGACAACCAAUGUCCUCCUCACUGCUGAUCAGCCGCCUGCUCGCUACUACAUGGCAGCACACGCCUAUAACACUGCAAAUGCACCAUUUGACAAUACAACCACCACUGCGAUCCUUGCAUACAAGUCUGCUCCCUGCUGUGCAAAGAAAGGGAAAUCUGCAGCCCCAAUUUUUCCUAAGUUACCAGGCUUCAAUGACACAUCCACUGCCACUGCAUUCACUGCCAAGAUAAAGAGUCCUUCCAGAGUCAAUGUCCCAACUAGGAUUGAUGAGAACCUUUUUUUCACAGUCGGAUUAGGACUCAUCAACUGCACAAAUCCUAAUAGCCCCAGGUGUCAAGGCCCAAAUGGCACCCGUUUUGCUGCCAGUAUGAACAAUGUCUCCUUUGUACUCCCACGAAGAAACUCCUUAAUGCAGGCCUAUUACCAAGGUCAACCUGGUGUCUUCACCACAGAUUUUCCAUCUGUUCCACCCGUGCAAUUUGAUUAUACAGGCAACGUAAGUCGGGGGCUAUGGCAACCAGUUAAAGGAACAAAGCUCUACAAAUUGAAGUUUGGUUCCAAGGUACAGAUUGUGAUGCAGGAUACAAGUAUCGUCUCGGUUGAGGACCACCCAAUGCAUUUACAUGGGUACCAAUUCUAUGUAGUUGGUUCAGGCUUUGGUAACUUCAAUCCAGCAAGGGAUACUGCAAACUUCAACCUCAUAGAUCCACCGCAGAGGAAUACCAUUGGAACACCUCCUGGUGGAUGGGUAGCCAUCAGAUUCGUAGCUGAUAAUCCAGGUGUGUGGCUAAUGCACUGUCAUAUAGAUGCCCAUCUUGGCUGGGGUUUGGCUAUGGCUUUUCUAGUUGAGAAUGGAGUUGGGAAACUGCAGACCGUGCAGCCUCCACCACUCAAUCUGCCUCGCUGUUAAGAUCAUCUGCA